AUGAGUGGCGGACCAGUCGUCAAGGAGAUGCUAGCACGCAAUCUCAAGUUUUCUCAAGACUAUAAAGCACCACCCAAUUUGAGACAAAUGGCCUCUGCAAUGAGAGCUUCUGGACUCGGGGUGAUAGUGUUAUCCUGUUCCGACCCUCGCCUCAAUCCAUACCAAAUCUUGGGUAUCGAUUCAACCAUAAAAGCGACCAUGGUGCGAAAUGCAGGUGGUCGGGCUUUUGACGCUAUCCGGACCUUAUCUGUGUUACAGACCAUUGGCGCUCCCGGUACCAUUAUAGUUAUGCACCAUACGGAUUGCGGCUUGACGCAUUUUCACGACGCCGACAUCAAACAGGCGCUACUCGAAAUUGCGCCCCAUGAAAAGGAGUUAAUCAAGGCCUCCGAAUUUGGAGAAAUAAAAAACAGCAUUGAGAACAGUAUCCGAGAAGAUAUUGCCCUCAUUAGGGCUUCUCCGCUAAUCAAAAAGAAUAUCCAGAUUCUUGGGCUUGCCUUUGAUACUAGUACUGGUCUUCUGACUGAGAUAGAGUAG